CGACGAAAAACGGUUUGACGUUAUCCGCUUUGAAAUGGCGUUGAGGCAGUUAAAGACGCUGUCGUUUUCUUCUUAUUUUUAUCAUUUUGGUCACUUCAGCUCUUAGGUUUUUGGUCCGAUGCUAACUUCUGGACUCGAUCAAUAUUUUUGUGCUUUGUUCAGUUGUUAAACAAAAAAUGUAUCGCAGAAAAGUGUGAAUAACUGACGUUGCAUAAUAAGGCCGCGGCUGGCCCCGGAGUCGCGUAGAGAUCACGGCCGUUCUCCAGAGCCUGGCCCAGCUGCAGAGCUGCUGUAUGGUUAUUCCCGGCUAAACAGGGCUGUCAGUAACAGAGAUCUGGAAAUGAAGUGACACAGCUACAUAAAUAACCACCCCUUUAUAGCUCCAACUAUUUGAACAAUAUUUGACAUUAAAUAGCUCUUUACACAGACGUAAUAUGGCGUCAGUGCCAGUGUAUUGCUUGUGUCGGCUGCCCUACGAUGUGACACGCUUCAUGAUCGAAUGUGACAUCUGUCAAGACUGGUUUCAUGGAAGCUGUGUGGGCGUCGAAGAGGACAAGGCAGCGGAGAUUGACCAGUACCACUGCCCAAACUGUCAGGUCACCCAUGGGCCUUCUGUCAUGCGCAAACGGCGUGGAGGCAGUAAGCAGACAGAUGGAAAUACAGGCGUAGGAAGAGAUCCCAGCAGGCCUGUAAAGACGGGGAGUUCACAGUUUGUCAGGGAGCUUCGUAGCCGAACGUUCCCAAACGCUGAUGAGAUCUUGCUGAAGCCGUCUGGGGCUCAGCUGACGGUUGACUUUCUGGAAGAGCACUCUUUCAGCGUUCCCGUCAUGGUGCUGAGGCGGGAUGGCCUAGGCAUGACUCUUCCUCCGUCCUCGUUCUGUGUCAGUGACGUGGAGCACUACAUUGGCGCAGAUAAAGAGAUUGAUGUCAUUGAUGUGUCUCGCCAAUGCGACCUGAAGAUGCGGCUGGGAGAUUUUGUCGAAUACUACAACAGCCCUAACAGAGACAGAGUGCUCAAUGUGAUCAGCCUGGAGUUCUCUGAAACGAGGCUCUCAAAUUUGGUUGAGACUCCCAAGAUUGUGAGAAAACUUUCGUGGGUGGAAAACCUCUGGCCUGAAGAGUCUGUUUUUGAGCGGCCAAAUGUGCAGAAGUACUGCCUGAUGGGAGUAAAGGACAGCUACACAGACUUUCAUAUCGACUUCGGUGGCACUUCAGUAUGGUACCACGUACUUAGGGGCGAGAAAAUCUUCUAUCUAAUUUCUCCCACCCCAGCCAACCUGGCGCUUUUCGAGCGCUGGAGUUCCUCGUCCAACCAGAACGAGAUGUUCUUUGGGGAUCAGGUUGACAUGUGUUACAAGUGUUCUGUCAAGCAAGGAAACACACUGUUCAUACCCACAGGAUGGAUUCAUGCUGUGCUGACUCCCGUGGACUGCCUGGCGUUCGGAGGAAACUUUCUGCACAGUCUCAACAUUGACAUGCAGCUGCGGGCGUAUGAAAUAGAGAAGAGAUUAAGCACAGCCGACCUGUUCAAGUUCCCCAACUUUGAGACCGUGUGUUGGUAUGUGGGCAAGCACCUUCUCGAUAUCUUUAGAGGGUUGAGAGAGAAUCGCAGACACCCCGCCAGUUACCUUGUUCACGGAGCAAAGGCCCUGAACAAUGCUUUCCGCACCUGGACUCGCAAAGAGGCCUUAGCAGAUCAUGAAAUGGAGAUCCCAGAGACCAUCAACAUUCAGACAUUAAUAAAAGACCUGGCAAAAGAGAUUCGUCUGGUUGAGGAUAUUUUUCAGCAAAACAUCGGUCGCACAGGUCCUCCGUUUCCCGGUGCGCCGCUCUCCAAAGCGCCGCUGAGCGCCGCUCAGAACUCGGGGCGCCCCCCCGGAAAAAAGAAAGGGCCCAAGCCUAAGGAGGUGUUGGGGGGGUUUGGGCCCACUGGAACCAAAAAGAAGAUGCAGAAAGGGCUGCUCAAGGCGGAAGCAGGAGAAAUGGAGCUCAUUGAGAUCCAUGCGAAACACACGCUCAAGAAAUUUCAACCUGGGAAGUCCAAACACAAGAACAAGCUGGAGCUGCCAUUAGAGGAGUUAGAAGGGAAGAUCAAUAAAAACAAGCUUAAACUUGUCUUGACAAAUGGAAAAAUCCAAGGUAAGAAAGAUGGCGGCAGUAACGGGGCGGGAAGCGCUGGAAGCUACAAACACCUCGUCACAGAGGGCUCCAGUCUUUCUGACCUGGAGUCCGAGGACGAGUUGCAGAUCGAUGAGACUCCCCCUCCUCGACGCAAGCCUGCUGGACCCAACAAGAAAAAGAAACUAAGUGGUUUACCGAGGAAGCUGCCCAGAGCUAAACCCUGUUCUGACCCUAAUCGCAUCAGGGAGCCAGGAGAGGUAGACUUUGACAUCGAGGAGGACUACACGACCGAUGAAGAGGCGCUGGCAGCUCACGGGGUAAAAGGUGGCGCAGGAGGAAUCCUUGACUUGCUGAAGGCCAGCAAGCAAGUGGCAGGCUUAGACUCUGCAGCACUCAGUGAGGAAGCACCAGCCUCCCCCAGCACCCGGGACGCCAUCCAGGGUAUGCUCUCCAUGGCCAACCCUCCUUCCUCGUCCUCCUCUUCCUCCUCUUCGUCUCCCUUAUCAAUCUCUGGGGGCCUGACAGAGGGAUUGGCAGCCGUCAAGGAAAAGGGUGGCAGAACGGUGUGGGUGACGGGAGGAGUCAAGAAGGCUGCGAACGCUGAGAAAAAAGCGGUGAUCCAGCGGCCCGGUAAAAGGCCGAUUAAACGGCCGGCCCGGCACAUCAGUGACGAAGACAGUCCAGAUGAGCAAGAAACACUGGGGACCUGUUUUAAGGAUUCAGAUUAUGUCUACCCUUCCUUGGAGUCUGACGAGGAAGAUCAUAUUAGCAAAACGAAGAUGAAAAGGAAGAAAAACUGGGAUGACACGCCCUGGAGCCCUAAAGCAAGGGUGAUACCCACCCUUCCCAAACAAGAUCGACCCGCCAGGGAAGGGGCUAGGGUUGCCUCCGUAGAAACCGGCCUCGCAGCAGCCGCUGCCAAGUUGGCGCAACAAGAGCAGCAGAAACCCGCCAAAAGGAAGUACACCAAAAAGCAGCGUCCUCCCGCUCCCGUGGUCAGUCCUCCCCCUGUGCAGGCGGAGGCCAGCCCACCCUCCCCAACACCUGCUCCAGAGUCAGCAGCAGAUGGCAGCCCGGACAGGAGGAUGGAUUACUUCUCCGCUAGUCUGCUAGACCAUGAAUACACAGCAGGACCGGGACCUUUUGGCCCUGGAGGGCCGAGGGGCAGUGGGGCCAUGGCCCCCGGUGUAUUCCUCUCUUCCCGACGACCUUCCAUGUCGCCUCAGAACAGCAGCUCUCAUGCUGGUUUGUCUCCUGCAGGUUUAGCCAGCCAAGGAAUAACAGGAAUCGGCCAAGGUAAACGGCCGAAGAAAGGUCUUGCAACCGCAAAACAGAGACUUGGGAAAAUCCUCAAAAUUCACCGCAACGGAAAACUUCUCUUGUGAGAGACGUUUGUUGUUUGUGGCUCGUGACAUUAAGAAUGAAGAUUAGGCCUCUGAAGUUGGUCUGAAGAAACUAGAGAUGGUUAUCUAUAUUUUGUACUUUUUGUUGAACUGUUUUCGCCUGUGAUUCACUGUCUUCAUAUCUUGCCCUUCACCGACUUUCUGCCCAGACCCACCCACCCAUAUCUGUGUCGAGGUCUUCUUCAGAGGCACAUCUGAAGUUAAAUCACUGUAAUGUGCUGGAAGCUCUCUUUAUGUGGUCAAUUCUUUUUAUUGCCACGCAUUUGAUACUGACAAUAAGACAUUUUUCUAAUAAUUUGAAGGCAAGUUACCGUAGUUAUAUUUACAGGUUGCAUUUCAGCAAGAUUUUUAAAAGGGAAAGAGUCUAAACAGUAGAUGUAGAGUUGAGUUUAGCUGUUUUAUCGCAGUUUUCCUUGUAAACAACGCCCUCGUUUUCUAGUCUACUCUGUAAAACACGCAGGUGUAUUAAACCCCCACAAUUAAUUUCUAAAGCUCACCCAUCCCCAUUCUAUGACAAACGUCACUUAGUUUUAUUUAUUUUACUUUUAUUUAUUUACCAAGGCAGAACUUCGUAACUUCUUAGCCUGUUUUAAUGUAGCAUGUUUUUGUCACUCUUUUGAUGAUCUGAUACGAUCAUGUCAAAUAUCUGUUUUUGCUUUUUUUUUAUUCCACUCUUAUUUUAGUUUAGUUUUGUUUUUUUUUAGAUUUUAAUUUGACAUUGUAAAUAUUUGUAUUAUUUGUAAUUUAUACAGCUAAAUGAAAAAAAAAAAAAAAAGGAGAGUAGUUUCCUGCAUGUUGCCGUAAUUUGCGCACCAAGUUUUGGCAGCUUUCUUUGGUCGGAUGUAGAGACGUUUUCACAGAAUCUACUUGUCACACGAAGUUGGAGGUGUAGACUGGAGAGUAAAAAUAUUGUGAAGGUGCAGGGUGUGAAUUAUAUGUAAAUAUAUGUUGUAAUUUAAGUUCUUUUGUAGUUCCAAAAACUUUCACAUUUUUUCUUAACAACUUGUACAUGAUACAUUGUUGGGGAAACAUGAUAGUUCUUUUUUAUAUUUGUAUGCAUUGCCUGUCAUGUUCAUGUUGUCUUGUUAGUGUAAUGUUAGAGUUGUGCUUAAAUAGACGCUUUUGAUCAUUUUCAUCCAUUUAGUUUUAUAUUGUUUAUAUUCCCUUUGUGAGUUCUGUGUGUCUUUCGUUUAUCAUUAAGCGUUUUACUACGACUCGGAAAAGAUCAAAAUUCAUUUUAACACAAUUUGAGGAAUACUUUUCUUUUUUCUUAAAUACAAAAGUUUAAUUUUCUCUUGGCAAAUCAAAGUGUUUUUGUUUACUAUAUUUAAGCCUACUGUAAAUUUCAGUUUUCCUGAUAUUUGAAAAAAGGGGGAUUUAGGUAUUUUUCUGCUAUACACAAUAUUUUGUUGUAAUAAACACAUCUACUCAUAA